AGCGCUGGAGGUCACGCCGCGUGGGCCGCCCGCAGCCGGCCGCCUGGAACGCUGGAGCGCGUUCGCGCCGCCGCCGGCAGGUGGCCGCCUGCUGACGUCACGGGCACGCCUCGCCCGCUUCGCGCGCGGCGGUUUGUGUGCCAACAGUGCGGGCGGCGCAGAUCUGCAGACGCGGCCACAGCGGUGCCCAGACGGUAGCCAGCGGCCGGCGGGGAGAGGAAGUGCUGCGUCUUUCGGACCGCGCCCUCACUUGCAAACAGCUGACCAGGAUCCUGUUCCGACCUGACGCCAACAUCUUCUGAAUACAAAAUGACCACUGCUAGAAGGAAAGCCGUUCUUCUGCCAUACCAUUUGCUUGUGGCUGUGGUGUUGAUUGCUGUGCUGAUCUGUGAUGUCCAGCAUGCUGUAGCAGAUCCUGUUGCAGGACCAUGCAUCAAGGAUGACCAUAUGUGUGUCAGAGAUGCUGAAUGCUGCAAUGGUUGCUGUCUGGAAGGAAAAUGUGUCAAAUACGCGGACCGGUGCUCGCCGGCGGCGAACGCGUGCUCGGUGCACGAGUGCCCGCCGGGCCGCGAGUGCUACCUGCACCAGGUGCAGUGCGCCGGCGCCGACUGCCCGCCCAUCCCGGCCUGCCGGGACCCCGACUACGACGACUACGACGAGUAGGCUGUCCGCCGGGCUCCCGGGCGGAGCCCCGCCGUGGGGGCACUCCACAGCGUCUGUCUCAGGGAUCCCUGCCUCACUCACCCGCUGCACUUCUUCUGCUUAACGAGACACCUGCUCGGUGGUUCAGUGUCUGGCACUCCGUGAAAAAUCGUUGAUAAUUUGCGAGCGUACACUCAGGCGUCAGAAUUGAACUGCCCCAGAAAAUAUUUCGUACACCUUAAGAUAGGCAACCCGCGUUCCAGGUACGACUGGCGUAAGCUGGGUUGCCUAGCUUAAGGGGCAUGAAAUAUUUUUUAAGCCAUUUCACUUCUGCCCACCCUGUGUAAAACACCUCCAUGGGACUCUGAAGUUGUCGCCGCCGUAUUUUCCAGGUGUGAAGUUCGUCUGUCCAAAAGAGUGCCGAUCUCUUCUUUAUCAUACACAAACAAGCAAUAAAAAAUGAUAUACUGACUUAGAGGGAUCAUGGGGGACAUGUUGAGCAUAGGAAGCCAUGUCUGGAAAACUCAUCCAACAGAGGUACAGAGCGUCUACAGAGAUUAACCUUCCUUCAAAUGAGAUGAUAUUUUUCGGUACCAAAUUCCAAGCACAGUUGUGAUACAGGUGGACGCCUACGGCGCCACCUAAGGUCUUCAGCGCUUUCAUAUGUUUGCUGUCGAAGCGACUAUUGGCAGGGUUUGUCCCCUGCAGUUUCGACGCUCUUUAGUUCGCCGGAUGACUUCUCCGGACAUAUAUUCCUAAACUCAUUUUUCCAUAGUUCUAAUGAGUUCAUCCGCGUUUGGGCAUUGAAAUGAGUGAUUGGUAACACUUAAAACUUUGUGCCGGGCCAGCACUCCACGCCGGAUCUCCCGCUUCACGUGAACAGUCGCCUUCACCUCCUCAGCCAUCUGAGCAUGCUUCCGAUUCAACCCAAAUUCCCAGCCUGUUACAAGCUACCGACGUAGCGUCGCACACGCAUGAACCACUUACUCGCAGUCCCUGUGUCCCGGAAGAGCUCGGGCAUGGCGUGCAUCCGCACCGAAGACAGGAUCACUGGUCGUCGACACCCGAUCCCUUACGGAAAUCAGGAACUCUGAGUAAGGGGCUCUUGGGUAGGCCUGUAACAGGCUUGGAACUUGGGCUGGAUGGCAAGUGUGCUCGGAUGGCGUUGAGCGGGAGAUACGGGUUCGAGUCCCGGUCUGAGACAAAUGUUCACCUACUACUACUUAUUCAUUUCAAUGCGCAAAUGCGGGUAACGUCAUUAAACCACUACAGCAAUCUAUUGUAUGGUUGCUGGAUCAAAUAAGAUAUCUGUUCUUCCACAACUCACUUUUGGUCCUAAAGAGAGUUUCCACAACCUCUGAAAGUUUGUUGAUAUUCUUUUAUUUCACUCUGCGUAUUUCUUGUAAAUUUACUUGUUUUAUCUACUGGAAAAUCAUACUUUAAUGUACUUAUUUCAAUAACAAGUGUGGUUUUUCAGACAUCCAAUGCUUGUCAGUACGAAUGUAUGCAGAGGAAUGUGCAGUAUUCUGAAACGGUAUUGCACAUUGAAUUGUGUAUCGGACCACGUACCGACCAAGGAACCUUGUCCACCGUGGGCGUUGCUGUUACCGGCUGAGCUAUCCGGGUACAGCUCACGACUUCCUCUCAUGACUUCGACGUGGUACUGGGAGAAUGGAAGUUAAAACUGUGAGGGCAACUUGUAAGUUGUACCUGUACUGCUCAGUCGGUAAGGGGUUCCAGAUUCGAGAAUCAGUACAGCACACAAUUUUAAUGCAUCAGGACGUUUCAUUCGAAGCUUUAUCUGCACAUUUAUGUUCGUCCAACGUUUUGAAUUAUCUAGAGUUGAGUAUAAUACUGCAGAAGGUGCGAUAGAAAUGUAAAACAAGUGUCCUGUUGAAACUAAUUCAACAGUAAAAAUAUGACAGUAACUGCUUUUGAAGUAAGUGUUGUAACUUGGAAAUAGUAUAUACGGUUUUUUACGUCGUGCAAAUUUCAUAUAAUGUAGAGUGAAAUAAAUCAUCUUCCGGUCACAUUCAGUGAGACAAAUUCUGACAAACACGAGUAACUGUGUUUUAAUGACAGACAAAGAAAAGAACUGGUGGCAUUAACUUUAAAAAGGGUACUUUUGGUGAAUCAGGUCGUACACAAAGCAUGAUUCCAAAUAUGAGUCUAUAGUUUCUAAUAGUAAGCACGAACGCAAUAUAAGAACAUGAAAAAACUUAAAAUGUUAACAAUUUUUUUAAAAAAAGUAAGAAUUUACAAUAUAAUACGCGCUUACCGCCUACACCAUUGUUCAUUGCACCUGUGAAAGAUAUCCUACUGGAUGGCGGGAUUAAACUUACCAUUGCAGUUGUGAACAGUGAAACGAAAACUUCUUUUAUAAUUGGAAAUCAAUACAUUUAUCAUUAUAAAAGCAAUUCGAGACAGUAUGGAGGACGUUCGAUGUCGAGAAUAAACAUACAAUUAAGUGGCUGAGAGUAGUGCUACAAUUAUAUGGUUUUAAAACAUUCCAUAUCUGGCAAAAAAAUUUCAGAGAGUGAUGAAGUCGUACGCACAUAUAAGUUAUGGUGUCAUAUUUAAAGUACAUAGCUAUCGAAAAUCAUGGAAAAGAUUUUGGUAGGAAUUAAGAAAUUAAAGGUUCGUACACAACACAUGAAACGGACCCCUUAGAACUAAGUGAAACUUUUUCGUUUCAGUCGUUUUGUGAUGGUAGAAAUGAGACAGAAUAAUUAAAAAAUAGACAUUAAUUUGUCAGUUAUUGCUUUAGAUAUUUUUUAAAUGUGAGAGUGUUGCUGUUUCCUGUGAACACAAAAAAAGUGACGGAGAGGAAUAAUUUUUAGGAUACUGUCGUUUGUCGCAUCAUACGCACUCAGUAAAAUUUUGAAGGAGAUGGAAUGAUACGUUGCUUCUGAUUUUUGAUGGUUGUUGAAAAUUGUCGAUUUGAAGGUGACGUAAGUCAACACCUCAUUCCAAAAUUACUGCCCACCUCCUGAAAACUGUAAGUAGCAGGUUCACGAGAAUCUUAGUAACAGCAAAGAUAUUUUUUCGUACUUACAACGGCUUAAGCCUAUAAAAAACUAAAUCACUACACUUUAUAAGGAGUGCCACCUCGAGUUCCUUGCAGACCCACUAUUUUCAAGCCAUAGUGAUGUCUACAGAGAUAUCAAGAGUGUAAAUAUUUGAUUUAAAGAAGUGUUUACUCACGUAGCAGCAGACAUUUCUAAACGGAACCAUUGUAAUACGAAUGCUAGUUUUAUUGUUUAUAGUUACCUCUACACACGUUAUAAAUAAUCUAACAUUUGUAGGUUAGAACAAUGCAAAUAUGAAGAAAUACUUAUGUGUUGAGUAGCGAUUUAUGAAAUGCUUAUUUAUAAUUGUGAAAAUAAAUAUAACUACUUAA